GUCCCGUGACCUUCCGUCAUCACUUCAUUUCUCCCUGUCUGUGGCUUCCUCCACGCCAUCCAUCGUCUCACGCAUCGUACGCAUCUCAUGACAUCACAGAUCACCAGGAAAUGCACUACAAUCUUUGGCACCCCCUCCGAUUAUUCACCCCAUUCACCUCAAGAUUGAUCAUUCUGCAUUUUAUCUUAUGUGCUACAUUGGACGAAAGUCAAAUCAUUGGUCAAGUAACGUCAGCGUGCAACAGCAAGCUGAUACAUACGGACUAUCAUAACUCCAGCUCACCACCCAGCGGAGAUAACAUGGCCCGCAGGAUUGCAUGCAAGCGGCUGGAUGCACCGUUAUCAAGGCUCUAAAUGCCAUGUGGCAUGAUAAAACGUCGCUCCCUCCCAGUCCCACAGCGGAGUCUGAGUGAGUCAAAAUAUCAGUAUUAUCCCACUAAACCAAACCGUUUCUAUGCGACAGCACAUCAUGGUCGGCCAGACUUCCAAGUCCGCCGGUACCGGAUACCUCAACACAAACGACACAGCAACAAUGCACCUAUCACGCAUUCUCUGUCUCCACGGCGGAGGCACCAACGCCAAUAUCUUCCGUAUGCAAUGCCGAGUUCUCGAGAAACGCCUCGGACGAUCAUUCCGUCUCGUCUACGCACAAGCUCCAUUCACCAGCCUCGAACCCGGGCCGGAUGUAACUUCCGUCUACAAAGACUACGGGCCUUUCCGGAUCUGGCUCCGUGACCACCGCAUGCCUGGAGUAUGGACGUCACGGGAUGUUGCUGCAAGGAUUGAUGCCGCUCUUGCGCUGGCCAUGGCUGCUGACGAUGCCAAGGGCGCCACGGGGGACUGGGUGGGCAUAUUAGGGUUUAGCCAGGGCGCAAAGGUGGCAGCUAGCAUACUUUAUCGGCAGCAGAGGUGCCCGGGGAUGACUAGCUUCCGGUUCGCGGUUCUCCUUGCUGGUCAAGGGCCGCUGGUCUGGCUUAUGCCUGAUAUCCCCAUGCCGCGUGGCUUGGUUGAUGCUGCUACCCCGUUCACACAUCCUGCUCCAGCCUGGUUGACUCUGGGAUCUGAUGAGCAUGUGUUGCGCCUCCCUACGAUACAUGUGCACGGGCUGAAGGACCCUGGUUUGGACCGCCAUCGAGACCUGCUGAGGGAGUAUUGCGAUCCGUUAGAGGCUACGCUUGUCGAAUGGGAGGGCGAUCAUCGCAUGCCGAUCAAGAGCCGAGAUGUCGAGAUGAUCGUUCAAGAGAUUCACAAAGUGGCACGGGAUACAGGGAUGCCAUCACUAGUGACGAGGUUGGAUAGUGGGAUGUUUAGAAAGAACCCAUAUAUAAGACCAGUCGAGGACAGGUUCUCGAUGCAAAGGAUUAGCGUGUUUACAACGCAUAGUUAUGGGACGGCAUAAAAGGGGAAGAGAGAUGGUAUAGAAAUGAUAGAUCGACAUUGAUUUUUAGCAGCACAGAUACUCGAAUAUAAUUGAAGCGAUUGCCUCCAAUACGAACAAA